AUGGGAUUGAUAUGGCGUGUACGUUUAUCCUAUGCAAUUGGACAUGUUUUAAAUGAUUUAUGCGCAUCUGUCUGGUUUACAUAUACGCUGGUAUUUUUUAAAUUUGGUAUUGGCAUACCAACAAGUAUGGCUGGUUUAAUAAUACUUGUUGGUCAAGUUGUCGAUGGUUUAGUAACACCAUUAAUCGGUGUAUUCUCAGAUAAACUCUCUUCUCAAUCGCAUGUUUCAUCCUCAUCCUCACGACCACCAUCACCAUCAUCAUUACUGCAUACAUCUUCAUCAGUUACACACAACUAUACAGAUAGUCUUUUACACAAUUCUCAUCAACCAUUAAAAGAUCAUGAUCAGAAUUGUAUACCAAACUAUCGUUCUACCACAACCACUGGCAGUAAUAGUAAUAGUAUUGUUGACAGUACUGUUACAACAGUGAAUAUAUCAAGAACAUCAAAUCCUUCCUUAUCUCAACGGUGUCAGUGUUGUUUAAGAGCAAUUCGACCAUUUGGACGUAAAAUAUGGCAUCUAGGCGGAAGCGCUUUGAUUAUUUUUUCAUUCCCAUUAAUAUUUGGUCCACCACUUGGCUCAUCGGAUGUCAGUAUAUUGGCUAAAAUGAUUUAUUACUUACCAUUGGUGGCGAUAUUUCAGACGGGUUGGGCAGCAGUUCAAAUAACACAUCUGGCUUUAAUGAAUGAAUUAUCCUUGGAACCAAGUGAACGCACUUUACUAAACUCUUUGCGAUAUCUAUUCACUGUGAUUAGUAAUCUAGUUGUUUAUAUUAGUACAUUUCUUUUACUGGAGCAUCAACAUUCUAGCAACAAGCCUAUCGCUAUCAACACUUCCAAUAAUCAUAAUAGUACGAGUAUUACUAGAAAAAAUUAUAUAACUUCUAAUGUAUCAUUCGUUGAACAUAAUGAUUUAUUACUACUACCUAUGGUGAUGACAUCUCAUCCAUUAUCAAAAUGUUCAGAUCAAGUAUCACCUACAUCGAUAUCUUUCAUUGAUUUUGGUAAAGAUGAUAUACCAGCCUUUCAGAAACUUGGUUUCACUAUCAUCGGUAUUGGGGGAUUAACAACAUUGCUUUUUCAUUUGGGUAUUAGACCGUCAGAUAUUGUAUCUAAUACAAGAUCUACAAGCAAUGCAAAUGAAUCAGACGUUUCAGUUUAUGAGUCAGCUAGAGAUGCAAGACGUCCUAGUCAUGAGAUGAUUACAUCAUGGAAAGGUUGGUUACGUUUACCGGUAUUUUGGACUCUUGGCUUUUUCUAUAUGUUUGUUCGACUUAUUGUUAAUGUAUCUCAAGCAUAUUUAACAGUCUACCUUUUGCAUUCAUUACAUUUACCUAAAGUUACCAUGGCUUUGGUGCCAUUAACUGUUUAUCUAACAAGUAUUGCUACAAUUAUUGUACAAAAACCAAUUCAAGAUCUUAUUAGUCGUGAAAUGAAUUCUGGUAUAGGUCUUAUUUUUGUCACAAUCUUUUGUAUACUAGUCAGUUAUCCUGCUAUGGUCUCAGAUUUAAUAGCUAAAAAUCAAAAACACGGUGCAUUCGUCUAUGGUUAUAUGUCAUUUACAGAUAAAUUAGCUAAUGGUAUUGUUAUACAAAUUAUUGAAUUAUUAUGGAAUGAAUGUUCUUCAGUGACUUAUUAUCAAAAUGUUGAAUCCUAUGGGAUUGGAGCAUUUGUAUUAUGUCAAUUGAUUUUUCUAUGUAUUUAUAAAUGGCAAAAGACUAGAUAUGAUACUAAUGUGAACAUUAUUCAUGAACAUGUAUAA